AUGAGUGAAGGAGCAGUGACUUGGUCAUCUAGAAAGCAACCUAUAGUCACUUUAUCAACCACAAAGGAGAGUUUGUUGCUGCAUGUGCAUGUGCAUGUCAAGCUGUUUGGACGAGAAGAAUACUCAAAAGAGAUCGGUUCUUUACAGACAGAAGGAACCAAACUUAUGUGUGAUAAUGCUUCAACUAUUAAGCUGUCAAAAAAUCCCGUUCUACAUGGUCGUUCUAUGCACAUAAGUGUGAGAUUUCAUUUUCUUAGAGAUCUUACAAAAGAAGGCACUGUCAACUUAGUGUUUUGUGGUACUCGAGAUCAACUUGCUGAUUUGUUGACAAAGCCUCUCAAAUUGGAAGCAUUUCAGAAACUACAUAAAGAGUUUGGGUGCAGGAUAACGGUAUGUCUUGAUCUCCAGGGAGUUGCUCUUAUUUAUACAUCAGCCAGUUUAGCUGCAGCAACUAUAAAUGCUAUUCCUGUUAUUACGUUUCUUUUCGCCCUUCUAUUCAGGGUGGAGAUGUUGAAGCUAAAGUCAAUAGUAGGAUUAGCAAAGGUGGGAGGAAUAGUGUUUUGUAUGGGCGGUUUGUUGGUUUUGGUGUUCUACAAAGGCCCUCAACUCACAUUCUUUAACAAUCACCACCUUUUUUCUAUACAAAAACAUCAUCAAAAUCCACUUCAUGUUGCUUCAACCCAAACUUGGAUUAAGGGUUGCUUCCUAAUGAUGGCUUCAAAUACCUUGUGGGCUUUAUCACUUGUUCUUCAGGCAUUUGUACUGAAAUGUUAUCCUUCGACACUUCUAUUCACUAGUCUUCAAUGCCUUGUUAGCUCGUUUCAAUCGUUCGUUAUUGCCAUUGCUUUGGAGAGAAACCUUGACGAAUGGAAAUUGUCUUGGAAUCUUAGACUUCUUUCGGUCGCAUAUUGUGGAAUAGUGGCAACUGGGGUUACAUAUUCUCUUCAAACAUGGGUCAUUAAGAAGAAAGGACCAGUUUUUUUAGCCAUGUCAACGCCAAUUAUUCUGGUCAUUACAACUAUUUCUUCUGCCGUUCUUCUUGGCGAGAGUAUCAGCCUUGGAAGGUAACUUAAGUGUUUGAUUUCAUUUGAGAUCUCAUGGUAAUC